AAAAAAGAAAAGCGCUCUUCAAAUGCUGCCCGACCGGCGACCGCGAAACGUUCGCGAACCGCACGGAAAAUUCCCAUUCUCGCACUAACAUGAGAUGAAAUUACUACGAAUUAUUUGUUUGUUUGUUGCGGCGCUCGGCGAAGGAAUUUGUUCAGACGAGCCGUUUUAUUGUUAUUACUGUCACCAAACGUCCAGGGAGUGCAAUAAUGGCCUCGUGUGGAAUUUGCACAGAGUUAAUUGCAGCACCGAGAAAUGUUUUGUUUAUCAAUAUCAAACUGAAAUGCCGGGCGUGACGGUUUUGGCGACGUUUCGGGGUUGCCAGGUGCACGAAAAUUCGGAAAUCAUGGAAUCAGUGAUAACGGAGAAGCACUAUGUGAAUAAAAAGUACUUUACCACGUGCAAUCGAACGUUGUGCAACAAAACCGGAAAGAUUUCCGCGAACUUCUACGUUCCUUUGAUCAUGUUGUUGCUCCAUCUUUCAGCGCGAGGAUAAAUAUUUACUGCAAUUUCCAUAAUAUUUACGAAUAAACGUUUCAAUUAUUACGUGUAUACAUCGUAUGCAG